CCGAGUCACGCUUGUUUUACUAAUAAUACUUCACAAUGGUCAAGGAGACCAAGCUCUACGAUUACUUAGGGAUAUCAUCGUCGGCGACGCAAGAUGAGAUCAAGAAAGCGUACCGAAAAAUGGCGCUGAAGUGGCAUCCCGACAAGAACAAGGACAACCCACAAGCCUCGGAGAAGUUCAAAGAAUGCUCGCAAGCAUAUGAAAUCCUCUCAGACCCCGAAAAGCGCAAGACGUACGACCAAUAUGGCCUCGAAUUCAUACUCCGCGGAGGCGCACCACCGCCAGAACAGGCUGCGGGAGGAAACCCGUUCGAGGGUGCAGGUGGUGGCGGCUACCCCUUCACAAGUGGAGGUGGCAUGCCCGGCGGCACACGCUCGUUCCAUUUCUCGACUGGUGGUGGCGGUCCGAAUGGCUUCCACUUCUCCAGCGCCGAUGACAUAUUUUCCGAGUUUAUGCGGGGCAGCGGCAUGGGUGGUGGAGGCGACGACGAAUUCUUCGGUGGUGGCGGCGGAGGCUUUGGUAUGGGCGGUAUGCCUGGUGGCAUGGGUGGAAUGGGAGGAGGAAAAGGCAGAGGCGGCCGCUUUGCAGGCGGCAGGAGAGCACCAGAGCCAGAAGUCACAGUCGUAGAGAAGCCACUGGCUGUGAGCUUAGAGGAUCUCUACAGUGGUACAACAAAGAAGUUAAAGAUCAAGAGGAAGACAUUCGACGCGGAGACUGGACGACAAAGCACACAAGACCGAAUAUUGGAGGUUCCGAUCAAGAAGGGCCUGAAGGCAGGCAGCAAGAUCAAGUUCUCAGACGUUGGAGAUCAAGUCGAGGGUGGUACUCAGGACUUACAUUUCAUUGUCUCAGAGAAAAACCACCCCCUCUUCACCCGCGAAGGCGACGACGUCAAACACAUUAUCGAACUCGACCUCAAAGAAGCCCUCACAGGCUGGCGCCGAACCGUACAAACAAUCGACGGCAAACAACUCAACGUCGGCAGCGGCGGUCCCACCGGCCCUACCUGGACAGAAAAGUACCCGAAUCUUGGCAUGCCCAAGUCGAAGAAGCCCGCCGAGCGAGGCGACUUCAUCAUCGGCGUCAACAUCAAGUUCCCUACAAGCCUGACACCCGCGCAAAAAGAACAGCUCAAGCAAAUUCUAUGA